AUGAACCACUGCAUUAUACUGUUUAUCCUGUGGAAGACAGUGGACUGUCAAAAUUACUGUGUUGUGAGUGCUGACGACACAAGAGGUCUGUUCAUCUUUAAUUCCAUACCCAUGGUCAACCGUCAUGACAAGGAUGACACUGAAGUCGAUACGACCUCAGAGUAUACAUUAUCCUCUGAAAAUGUAACAAGUGGAUGGACUUUGUUGAAUUCGCUCGAAAACAGCAUUGUGGAUGAUCCUGUGAUAGACGAACGCUGGGAAACGUUUAUGAACAAUCAUGGCUCAACACCGCACGAUUUUCGGGAGGUUUUGACAAGAAAUGUUAGUAUGUUUCUAAGUGUGAGAAUCCGUAACUCUUCAAACUCUUCAACGACGACUGAGUUGUCGGAGUCAAAGUGGUAUCAUUUGAAAUCUAACGCUUCUGGAAUCUGCGAAAAUGGCACUUUCCUAAACACGAAUUUGACCAUUUUGCAACUUUACAACAAAUAUUCCAAAAGUGUCUGGAAAAUACACAAGUAUGAUUAUUUUCAUACUACAAACAACACAGCCCACAGUGUAAUAUACAGUAAUGACAGUGACUGCAGCAAUCACAGUCUAUGCUUUUUCAUAUAUACAGCUGCUUGUAAGAAUUGCAGCAUGUUGGUGAAAAUUGUGUCAAAUGACGGUAGAAAUCAGGUCAUUCUGGAUGACAAGAUCCCGGGAGAAGAAAAAUGGACCCGAAAAGAAAUCUGUGUUGAAAAUGUUUCCAGUUGUUACAAAAUAACCAUACAAACCGAGGGUCCUAAAGAUGGUUUCUGGGCUAUAUAUCCGACCUUAUAUGUCGCAGUACCCCCAAGCAUAAACUGCAGCAGUUACGUACGCUACAUCGAGCUCCGAAGUGACUCCUAUUUGUGUGAAGAUUCUUCAGGCACGAGUAUAAAAUCAGUCCCUACAAGGUCCAAAGAAUGCGCUGUAGAUAGCAAAAACCAAAAAAAUUCUUCAAAUUAUGUUGACAACUCUUUACAACAAACGUCAAUUCCUAUUUACUGGUGGUACCUAGCAGCUUUAUUUACCACACUCAUCAUCAUAAUCAUCCCAUUGUUGAGUUUUAUCCACUCAAAGAAGAAAAAAAAGUCCCUUCAAGGCGACGCAGAAAAUCUUCUUGAGAAUAGUGGAACCAAAGAAGAAACCAACGUUUCAAUUAAGAGGAUCGAUUUUUCGGAAUAUGUUCAACGGGAACGUAGUUCUAAUUUUGCACGUCUUCGAACUCAGUUUUCUACCAUCCCUGAUUCCUACUUGAGUGACUGUAGUGACGGAAAACAACGAAAUAAUGUGGCUAAAAAUCGACGUCCAGACAUCGUACCUUAUAAUUACAAUCGAGUCAGGCUUAAAAACACUGGAAAGUACUUUAAAGGGGAUUAUAUAAACGCCAGUUAUGUGCAAGGACCUAGUAAUUAUAGAGAGUAUAUAAUUGCUCAGAACCCCCAAACCAACACGAUUGGUGAUUUCUGGGCCAUGAUUUGGCAAAAAAAAAUUACUUAUUGUGUAAUGAUAACCGGUGAACACGAAAACUAUCUUCGUUACUGGCCAAAUUUGUCCGAAAAAUAUGUUGCCUAUGACGAUUUUCAAAUUAUUUUAGUGGAAGAAUGUAACUACACAUUUUUUCAAAAGAAUAGACUUUCGGUUACGAGACAAAGCGAACGUAGGGAGAUAUCCAUUCUCCAUUAUUAUGCUUGGAAGGAUGACGACUUGAGUAGAAUUCUCGCGUUUGUAAAUCGUUUACAAAAAAUACCUCAUUACAGUGCCCCCACACUAUUUCAUUGCUUGGACGGCACUGGAAGAUCUGGACUUGCUGUUCUAUGCGAUAUAGUGCUAAGAUCGCUGCCUAUCACAGGCUCGAUAAAUAUAUGUCACGUAGCCACGAUGUUAAUAAAGUCGAGAAUUAAUGCCAUAAAUUCGCAACAAUACAUUUUUGCACAUUUGGUUAUAAACGAUUUCCUCAAAAAAUACUAA